CCAAAGCAAAGGCGGCGGGCAAAGAUGAGCACUGUGGAGGCAAGAAUAAAUUUUCCAACUCAGAAAACUACUUUGCCUUUGCCGAAAACCGUUAAAUAUGGAGGCAUCUCCAAAGAUAGUAGUCUCAUUUGGUUCCUGGACGAGUCCAACGAUCUCCUAUCCUUUAGUCACCUCUCUCUAUUUGGAAAAGGCCUCAAAAAGUUCUCCCACUUUUCAACUAAAGGUCUUCAAUUAGAAGCACACUGCAGAAUAGAGCACGAGAAGAAGGAAUACAUCGUUUUAGUGUUUGCUGAGUCAGCGUCUCAAAGUCUCGUUCUUCUUUUUUCAUUAAAGUCCGGUCUCCUAGUCAGGGUAUUGAACCUCCCUUUUCUCGUUUCCACCGUAGCUGAUGUGAGUGGAGUGACCCUCCCUCUUGGUCUGUUCAUGUCGUCUCCCCUCCAAUCCUUCAGUGGGGUCAUCGCCUGUGGGUGUGGUCAAACUGGACGAGUCGUUUUAAUUGAUCUGGUCCUUGCUCACUCUCAUAUUUGGCCCCGCCCUAAUCUACAGUUCCCACGUGACGUAAAGAUCCUCCCGUACGCUGUUGAUGAUCUUCCCAUUCACUCCACUAACAGUAUCAGAGAUGGAGUCCAUUUAGCUCUUGACAUUAAUGGUCGUUAUAUAAAGCGUAAUGGCUCCUUGUUUCAGUAUCCUGACCCAGCGACUAGUAAACUGAUUGGAUCAUUUGAAGGAGUGUCAGUCACAGCUAUUAGUCACUUCCCUUUAGCAGCUGGUCUCUUGGUUGGAUACAGUUUUGGCGGUUUCCAGUUGUACAGUCUCCUUGACUCCACUCUCCUUUAUUCCCUCCCUCUCCUCCUGCGCCGUUUGCCUACCCCCGUCACUCACUUUGCUGUCCAGGAACCCGAGAACGAUCCAAAGAACUUCCUUUACGUUUGGGUAUCUCGCAACGGCCCCAAGGCACAACAUGUUUUUGGUUCAUCUCCUUCAGUCACUAUGUACCAGAUGGGUUUUAAGAAGAAGACUGACUACCCCAAUACAGUGUUAUACCAAGUGAUUGAAGGUUGCAACAGAAGAUUCGAACACACAAUGUGGCCAUACCACAAUACCAGUGCAGUAAUGGUCAACUCCUCCACCAUAAUGAGGGUAUUGCCAUUAGUAAAAGGUACUUCACAUGUUUCAACUCCGCCCAUUGACAGUACGUUGGUGAUGUUUAUGUGUCGUGGUGUGGAGGAGGAGGGACGAGGGAUGGUGACGAUUUUUGAUUUGAACGGUUGGUAUAAUUCGCAGAUGCCACUGCAUCCUGGCUGGAGUGACACUAACAAAUUAGGUCGUAAAACUUGUCCAUUUCUCAUUCAAUUUGAAGUAUCAAUGGAUCAUGGUUGUAUUCUGAAUUGUUCUACUGGUAUUGUCUCAGUUGAUAAGAGUGUAUUGUUCCAGGUUGAGUCUAGGAGUUUUCUAGAAUCGCUAUCAAUGAGUUUUAAUAUCAUCUCAAAUGAAGAGGUCGGUAUCUUUCAAUUGGAAGGUCUUCGUUCUCAAGUAAUCACAGAGUUACUAACCCAUGGUCCAGCAGUGAUGUCCAACCCCCAGCACUACCUCUUGGAGCUACAGUGUGUUGGAUUGGUACCAAUACUGGGCGGGGCAAGUGAACCAGGGUCUAGUUUAGUGGGCGGAGUCAUUCAGGGAAUUACUGAGAUGCAGUAUUUCAUUCUAUCUGUCUGUCUUCAGCAUGGACUUCAGUCUGUACUUAUGGGCGUGGCUGAGUCGUGUGUUGUCGCUGGUUAUCAGCUGUCAUUAGAGAAUAUGAUUGAAUGGAUCAGGAAGACGGUAGAGGAGCUUGUAACUGAGAAGAAUAACCUGAUUGAUAGACUACUCUUUGGUGAUGAGUUACAUCCAGCUGUUAUAUCUUAUGCUAACCUGCUUUGUAAAUGCUUCUCUGUCUUUGUUAAAGUGAUCGAGACACUCUCUAUUCAAACCGAUGGAAGCAAUGAUGAUAUCUCAUUGCAAUACUGCACUGCUAAUAUACACCAUGAGAUUAUGAAGACUACUCACUGGUUAAUGGACACUGGACUCCUUCCUCAUUUAACAGAUGCUGCUAUGGAUUGUGAUGCUUUAGAUGAUGGUCGCUUUGUUUUUCCUUCCAACGAACUAGCAAGUAGAUAUGAAGACAUUUCUGACAAGAGAGAAAAUUUUGGAUUGGCUCUUGAUCAUUUGAUUCGUGGUUUAGAGUUUGUUGAUAAAGUCCCAUUUCACUAUCCAGCACCAGAUAUCAGUUGUUUAUUGAAAGCUAAAGCCUAUCCUGAUUCACUCUACCAGCAGUUAAUGAUAUUAUAUAUUUUAUUGGACGUGGCCACUCCUCCUGGUGAUGCUACUCUUGCUCGUCAGUAUUGUAAAAGUUUUCACUUGGACUGCAUUGAUCUGGCGGUCAUGAUCUGGAAUAUAGAUCACGGGACUGUACCACCAAACAUUACUGAUAGAAGAUUGAUCCAGUUUGAAUCAAUUUUUGAACUAGCUGUUUUGCGUCUCUUGUCUGAAGGUAUGGUAUCGGAGGCCAUUGGUUAUCUCUUUGAGUGCAAGGGUGAUACCUACCCUCACCUCCGGAUUAGGGUCUAUACUGCCGGAGGUAAUGUCACUAGAGCCUCAAGAAUACUGGAGUCGUCUGUUGAUUCUGAUAAUUAUGGAAUGUUAUUGGAAUGUUUUGUCAACAGUUGUCUCAGUCACUCCUCCGAACACGGACUUAAACUUGUACGGAUGCAACUACACGACAAGCUACUGGAUGACGUCUGUGGUGCAUUAAGUGAGAUUGGUAGUGGCUGUGCUGUUCAUCUUGCGCUGUGUCUUUUGCUUAAUCAUCGACGCCAUGUUGAAGCUAUUAGUCUGGCAAAGGAGAAUGAAAAGACGUGUUCGUUGGCUAGUUCUUUAGCUAAUUCUCAACUGCUCCAACCAUCACUAGCUACAAUGUGCUCAGAUGAACUGAUGAAGAACACUAGAGAGGAACAAACUGGAGCAUGCGGUGGUAGUGGUCCUGAGCCUUUCUCUUCAGUUCUUGUUAAAUCAGCUCAACAUCAUUUCACAUCUCAAGCUGACAUACUCCUGGCACUGACUGAGAAGAGAAUCAAUGAUGAUGAUGCACAAGACAAGGCAGUAACACCAGGGUCAGGGCCAGCCUUCACUCCAUUCAAGAAAACCCUCUCCACCUCCUCUCAGAGAGCAUCCGGUGUUCCUAAAAGACUUCUAACGUCCGUUCCUUUUGUCUCCUCCCCUCGUCACUCCUCCAGACCACAGAGGAACAAACCUGUGCAAGAUCCUUUAGCUACUCCUCCAAAGUCCCCUUCAUUAAUGUCAUCAAUCCAUCAUAGCAGCACAAAGAAGGGAAGGAUGGAUAUGAAUGUGUUCAUGGAGCGAAUGGAAGGAUUUAAAGCAAGGAUGGCUAUACUCAAUGCUAUGAACAGGAACGAAGAUAGGGAUCCUAUUAUUAUCAAGACUCCACUCCCAAGUCGGUCCAUACUUGCCACGCCUACUUCAAUUUUAAAAGCAAAACCAACAAUAUCUCAAACGUCUUCGCCUCCAGUUUUUACUGACACGACCACAAGACGUAUCAGGUUUGCUCUUGAAGAUUCAGGAGAGAAAUUAAGUUCUAGCGCUAUUGCUAUAGCAACACCACUCCCACCUUCUGAUGAUGAGUCUGAUUCAUUUUAUUCACUCGAUGGUUCGGCUGAUGAGAUGGGCGGAGACAAUGAAGGCAUGGCUCAGGCAACCAUAACAUCCCCUCCAUCAUUUGCUAAUGAGGUCGUACUAGGUGACGCUGGUGGUAGAGACGAAGGGGAGAUGGAGGAGUCAUUUAUUGCUGCAGAAGAUGAAGAUGAAGAAAAGGAAGAAGAGCAGUCUGUGUCCACUUCUCAACUAAAAUCUGCUCUCAAACUGACUCCUAGUUCUCUUCGUUCCUCUUAUGUACCACCUGCUCCAGUCAGUAUGGACACUGUCUCUCUAUCUCCUGUCAUCAAAAUACCAAGGAGACGUCUUCCAGGAUCAAAGAUGGCUUCGAAACCAUCAACAUCUGCACACACUCCAGUUCAUUCCAGUGUGAUGGUAUCCACUCAAGAGUACACGUUCUCUCCCCCAAGCACUGUUGCUCCUCCCCCUCCCCCUCCUAGUGCUGUUACCCCAAUGACAGUUGAUGAUGAAGCUAGCGCUGCACCUGUUCAAGAAAAGACAAAGUACGUAUUCUCUCCUCCUCUUCUUCGCUCGGCUAGCCGUGAGAGGAAAAAUAAAGAACUCUCACAGUUUGGCACUGGACUAGAUGCAGAUACACCAAGCACAAGGCGUGCUUCAUCUGCGUUUGCUCAGAAACCAAAGGAGAAGCCAUUGAAGACAGUAAAAGGAAUGGGAAGGAGGAGGAAGUAGUACAAUGACUGUUCACUUCCAAUUCUUUUAAUGAUAGUUGCAGAAUAUAUAACGAUGAUUGGAAGUGUACAAUUUUAGUCAGUGGUUUUGCUGAAUUCUUAACUUCUUUUGACAAAUUAUACAUCAAUUGUUUUAAUGAUAAUUAUUAUUAUAUAAUAAAAAUUAAACAAACAUUA